AUGCGAAAUUUUGUGCAAUCGCAGCUUUCUUCUUCUUUACUGUUUCGCUUGCGUAUACUCUUGAGCGGCAAGCGCUGCUGUGCCUCUUCCUCCUCUGCCAACGUCGGUCCCAGCUCCAGCAGGGCUGAACGUGGACCUACCAUUGCAUCGAAAAAACCAAAGCGGCGCAUCUCUGCAAACAUAGACACUUCUGCCCUGCUUGAUCGUGUCCCUCGGGAUCCUGGAGCGCAUGCCGAGCUUUCGACGGCCGAGCUGGAACGCAAGCUAGAUGAAUGGUCCAAGAUGAACCCGCAACAACUUCAAGAAUUGUAUGAGCGUCUAGAGAAACAGGAGAAAGAAGAGAGUCGUGUACUAGUGGAGGACUCACUGUAUCAAAUGGAUGUGUCAAUGCGGGAUCGCUCUGCGGCAGCCGUGCGUGUCUUUUGGAAGGAUGUGGAUGUAGGCCUGCUUGACGGUCAUGAUGGGUGGUAUACUGUCUUGGUGGAUGGACGCAAGGUAAAAGCAUUUGAGUCCAAAAAUGUUCUUGCAAUUCCGAGUGAGGCCAUGGCAUACGGUUGUGCACAGGAGUAUGCAGAGCAAUCAGUGUAUUUAAACAAACUAUUGAUGCCAAUGACAGAUAUGUGCAGUGGAGCACUGGCCGUUGCCCCUCAAAUGAUUGCCCCGCGUGUGGACUAUUUGAUGUCGUUCUACCAGAAUGAUAACAUGUACUUCCGUGCUGCCCCCAUUUUGGCGGAACAGGAUCGCGUGAUUGGUCCCAUUGCAGAUUGGUUUGCGCAUGUCUUUAAUGUAAAUGUGCCACGAAUUGUGGGCAUUGGUCACCCACAAAUUCCUGCAGGUUCCACGCUUAAGGUGCGCGAUACACUACUGGCGAUGUCGAUGAAUCCAUAUCAGAUUGUGGCGCUCUGUGUGGCGGCCCAAUUUACCAGCAGUCUGCUCCUCCCUCUUGCAAUGUUUAACGGAGUUGUCGAUCUUCCAACGGCGUUGUCAAUCAACUCUUCGGAGGAGAGGCAUAAUACUUCGGUUGAGGGAGUCAUUGAGGGAUACCACGACAUUAGAGAAGCGGAUGUUGUCACGAAACUUUGCGCAUGCGCCGUGACCUGGCAAUUGAUGAAAGACAUCCCGCUCUCAAAGUGCAUGGAGGUGGAACGCAUUAGCGUUGAGAGUGAGGCUCUCUGA